AUGUAUAUUGCUUUAAACCCCUUCAUCGCUGCGUUACUUUGCGUUCGCGGAGCUCACGCUGUAGGGACCGCAUUUGGUUAUGCUAGCGGGACCACAGGAGGUGGCUCUGCUGCUGCUGCAGUUCCCACUUCUACUAGCCAGUUGGUUAGCUGGCUGGGUGAUAGUACUGCUCGUACCAUUUUACUUGACAAAAUCUUUGACUUCACUGAUAGUGAGGGAUCCGUCACUGGUACCGCAUGCGCCGCUUGGACUUGCAGUCCAAAUCCUCAAUUAGCAAUCAACCAGAAUAACUGGUGUGACAACUACUAUCCCAGUGCAUCCAAGUCUACCGUCACAUACAAGAAGGCUGGUGUUAGUGCAAUCAAGGUUGCUUCAAAUAAGACGUUGCUCGGAAAAGGAACCGCUGGUGGAAUUAAAGGCAAAGGUCUACGCAUUGCUGGAGGAAACAAUAUUAUUAUACAAAAUAUUCGUAUUUACGAUCUGAAUCCCCGGUUCGUCUGGGGGGGUGAUGCUAUCACUAUCGAUGGCGGUAGUAACAUUUGGAUUGAUCAUAACUAUAUCCAAAAUAUUGGUCGCCAAAUGAUCGUAACCGGUUAUGGCUCUGCCCAGAAGGUCACCAUUUCUAACAACGUCUUUGAAGGUUCAAGUACUUACUCUGCAACUUGCAAUGGGCGUCACUACUGGGCACUCUACUUUACAGGCGCCUCUGACACUAUUACAUUUGCACGCAACUACAUUUACAUGACAUCUGGUCGUGGCCCCAAGAUUGGAGGUACUAGCGGAUACAAUCAACUUGUUCACAUGUAUAACAAUUACUGGGUCAGCGUCGCUGGACAUGCUCUGGACGCUGACACUGGUGCAAAGGUUAUUUUGGAAGGCAACUACUUUAACACUGUGACCACACCUUCACUGGCAGGAUCUUCGGGUGUUGUAUAUGCUCCUAUAGAUUCCAGUGCCUCUUCCGCCUGCAGCUCAUACCUUGGAAGGACCUGUUAUGCCAACACUUUGCUCUCCUCAGGAAGCCUUAACCAGAAAGAUACUUCUGCUCUAUCUGCGUUCUCUUCUGCGUCCGUUGUCAAAUCCGCGUCUAUUAUGGCAGCAUCUUCAGUUGGCUCUUACGUCCAGGCAAAUGCUGGCCUUGGAAAAAUUAACUAG